UCUUUCUCCGCCGCGGCCCCGCCCCUCCGCGCCCCGCCCCCGCCGCUCGGACGGCCCGAGUCGCGCCCUCCCGCUCUGCGCCGCCGAACUUGGUCUAACUUCCUCGGCCGACCGGGCCGUGCUGCCGCCGCCGCCGCCACCGCUGCCGCUGCCGCGCCCGGGUCCCGCCUCUCAGAAGAUGCACUAUUAUAGAUACUCGAAUGCCGAGGUCAGCUGCUGGUACAAGUACCUGCUCUUCAGCUACAACAUCGUCUUCUGGUUGGCUGGCGUUGUCUUCCUUGGAGUCGGGCUGUGGGCAUGGAGCGAAAAGGGUGUGCUGUCCGACCUUACCAAGGUGACCCGGUUGCAUGGAAUCGACCCUGUGGUGCUGGUCUUGAUGGUGGGCGUGGUGAUGUUCACACUGGGCUUCGCAGGCUGUGUGGGGGCUCUCCGGGAGAACAUCUGCCUGCUCAAGUUUUUCUGCGGGGCCAUUGUGCUCAUUUUCUUCCUGGAACUGGCCGUGGCUGUGCUGGCCUUUCUGUUCCAGGACUGGGUGAGGGACCGGUUCCGGGAAUUCUUCGAGAGCAACAUCCGAUCCUAUCGGGACGACAUUGACCUACAGAACCUCAUCGACUCCCUUCAGAAAGCCAAUCAGUGCUGUGGGGCCUAUGGCCCUGAAGACUGGGACCUCAAUGUCUACUUCAACUGCAGUGGUGCCAGCUACAGCCGAGAGAAAUGUGGAGUGCCCUUCUCCUGCUGUGUGCCAGAUCCCGCGCAAAAAGUUGUGAACACGCAGUGUGGCUAUGACGUCAGGAUUCAGUUGAAGAGCAAGUGGGACGAGUUCAUCUUUACAAAAGGAUGCAUCCAAGCUCUGGAAGGCUGGCUCCCCAGGAACAUCUACAUUGUGGCUGGUGUCUUUAUUGCCAUCUCACUACUGCAGAUCUUCGGCAUCUUCCUGGCGAGGACCCUGAUCUCAGACAUCGAGGCAGUAAAGGCAGGCCAUCACUUCUGAGAAGCAGAGGCAGCAAGUGGAGCUGAGCCACAUGUGGAGGUGAAGCCACCCACAGUCAGAUCCCUGUCUUCAGCAACAGUGUGAUGUGACCUCUCUGUUUCUUCUUGCUGGUGCUGAAGACGAUGGCCCCUUCUCCUCUGCCCACGCUUGACAUGGCAGAGACAUGCCCAGAGACAGAGAAUGUGGGCUUCAUUUGGAGUAGUAACUCUGAGGACUGAUGACUCCGAUGGCUGCAAGGGGGGCUUGAUGGCCCGCUUGGAGCCCAAGAGCAUCUACAGGCCCUACCUACUCAGUAAGGCUUAGGUAAAUGCUCUACUAUUAUCUUCUGUGGGUGUAGCAUUUGUGUUGGACCAGCAGGUUGAGGACAACUUCUGGCUCCAUUGGAUCAAGAAUCAUGGAGCGGGGAGGAUAAGUGGUCCAGUGGGUUCCCGAGUGCCAACAGGGUUCAUGGUGGUGUCAACAUGCCACGGAUUUGCAGGAUCCUCAGCCAUGUCCAAGUGAAGUACGCCUGAGCCAGCCAAAGCAGUCCCAGGGAAGCACCUUGCCACUGCCUUCCAAGCCUACACUGCUCUCCCAGGGUAGAACAGCCUCGUGUCUCCAUAGCAUUAAGCCCUGCUGAGAGCCAGCUCUCCUGUUCUUAAAACAUGUAAAUAGUUAUUUAUAGGGGUAAGAGUGUUCCGCCACCAUGUCUUCAUUGCCUCUUCUCUCCAGCAUUCUUUUCUCAGCAGCCUUACCCAGUGUCUGUUGCCAAGCUGUCCUUCUCCGUUCCCUAAGUGUCUCAAGACCCAGCUGUGACAUGCCCACCCCCCCAGUCCACACUCCCUCCAUGCACCCUUGCUUGGCUUCGCUGUCUUCUGGUCUCGGUGCUACUGAAACUGCCACCAGGACUUGAAUCCUGAUUGACCUUUCUCCCCGCUGCCCUCUGGGGAUCCCACGUUCCUGAUUGUUAGCUGGAAACCAGGUUCCUCUCACGACCACAUACAGCUAGCGGCCCAAAGUGUGUUGUCCCUGUAGGGCAACACUCUGCAGCCAGGCCCUUGCGAACCGCAGACACCAGGUGCUGUACAGAAGCUCAGCGCAUCUUAUUUCUAACUCCUGUGAUGACUCCUCCACCCAGAUGCCAUUCUUCUGCCAUUGUGUUCACUGUCAGUCCUGUUCUGGGCUGCUCUUGAAAAUGACGUGUGUCUUAAGUACUGGGUACUCCUGAGGCACGCCGGGUGUCUGUCCCCCUUGGGCUGGGCUCCUCUUUAAUGCUUCUCUGUAGCUCACUGUCCUCACCGUUCAGGGGUUGAGUGCCUACCUUCAGUUACUUGCCGAGGUGUACAUUCUAGUGUGGUGUAUACUGGUGAUACUGGUGGGUGUGUGUUCAUGAUGAUGAUGACGUUAUAGUUUUUUAAAUAAUUCUCUAUAGACUAGAGGAAGAAGAAUGCUUGUGUUUUUAGAAGUGUGAUGCUUCUCUUUGACCUGCCAAACUCUUUUAUGGAAUAUAUCUUUAUAUUAAUGCUGUUGUUUGGGUCAUUUUUUGUUUGGAAUCACUAUUAAAAAAAAAAACUUCAA